CUGCUGGCGCCGGGCCUUUUUUGCGUUGUAGCCCUUCCGCCGUGUUGCACCGGGUGCCUCGGCCGCCUUGCCACGGAAAGCUAGCGGUUCCGUUCCAUCACUCACCCCACUUGUUGCGGCCCUCGAGCGUGAUCCACGUCCGCUCGAAUUCUUGAUUUGGAGUGUGAUGCUUCCUUUGCUUCUGUCUGGAUGCAGCGUCCCUGUAGUUGAGCUGUCGGUGAGGGCAACGUAACUGUUGUGUUUGGUUCCGGAUGCGGUGAAGGUCACUGGCAGGAGUCAAAGGAGGGGGAGGGGAAGUUUAAAUGGUUGUGCACAUGAGGGGAAUUGUGUCAACAGUGCCAAUAUACUCUGGCGGUAGAACCGUUGUGUAGAGGAUUUUAGGGGUCCCCCCCCCUUUUUUUUUUUUUUUUUUUUUUUUUUUUUGCAGGGGAGUGGCAGCUGCCGGUUGAGAGUGAAGGUAGGUGAGUGAUCUCCCAGGUUAUAACGAAGCGGAUAUUUAGAUAUCAAUUUGUUGAUUCGGUUGUUGGAGAAGAUUGCGAGGGGAGAAUGGUUUUGGACUCUAUCCUAGAAGACUUGAAGGAUUUACGCCAAGGAAUGGGAUUUUGUGAGCUCGCUGAGUAAUCUCGUGCAAUUGCAUUCUCGGAUGGUGAUGGAUCAAUGCUUAAUCUUGAGUGCUUCAAACGGUCAAAUGACCUGAGGGGUGAACGGAAUGCGCUAGCUAGCUCUAGCGUCAUAGGAGUGAAUAUAGAUAUGGAAUCAUUACAGGUACAAGUGGCUCAGGCCGUUCACAUACUGAAUCACGACACACAAUCAGUCAAUCGUGUUGCUGCAAAUCAAUGGCUGGUGCAAUUUCAGAACACGGAUGCUGCUUGGGAAGUGGCUACUACGAUUUUGGCCAUGGAUUCGUCUCCAACGAUUGAUUUUGAGGUCGAGCUCUUUGCUGGCCAAGUCCUCAAACGAAAGAUACAGUGCGAUUUUGGAAAUCUAUCUCGAGAAGGGCGGGCUGCUUUGCAAAACGCAUUGCUCGUAUCUGCCAAGAAGUUUAGUAAUGGGCCUUCUCAGCUUUUGACCCAGAUAUGUGUCGCCCUAUCAGCCCUAGUGUUACGUGCAACUGAGGCGAGGAAGCCAGUUGAACAAUUAUUUGCAAGCCUGAACGAGCUGCAGGGUCAAGGCACUGGUAGCAAUGCAGUGUUGGAGCUUCUCACAGUCCUACCUGAGGAGGCUCUCGAGGAUCAAUCCUUGCUUUCCAGUGUUGAUCCUGGUAGAAGGACGCAGUUUUCUAGAGAAAUUCUUUCUCACACAGGUGCGGUGCUUGAGUUUCUUCUUCAGCAAAGCGCCAAUGAAGGCUUAGAUAAGCACAAUAGGCGGUCUAAGGUCCUUCGUUGCCUUCUUAGCUGGGUGCGUCUUGGAUGCUUCUUGGAAAUUCCUCAAAGCGCUAUACCUAGUCAUCCACUCUUGGGGUUUGUGUACGGUUCCUUGCAGGACCCAAGCUCGUUUGAAUUGGCAGUGGAGGUGCUUACAGAACUUGUCAGUCGUCAUGAGGGUUUACCUCAAGUAUUGCUUCCGCGGAUGCUUGAUGUGAAGGAUGUGCUUUUAAUGCCAGCCCUGGCUGCGCGUGAAGAAAAUGUUGUUAGUGGUUUGGCUAAUCUUAUGGCAGAGCUGGGCCAGGCGGCUCCAGCAUUGAUUGCGCAAGGGAGCAGAGAAGCUUUGGAUUUGGCUGAUUCUCUUUUGCGAUGUGUCUCAUUUCCAAGUUGUGACUGGGAGAUUGCGGAAUCUACUCUUCAGUUUUGGUGCGCACUUGCUGAAUUUUUGCUCUCCUCUGCGGAUACUACCGCAGCGGUCCAAAUGUUUACACCUGUGUACAGUGCCCUUCUCGAGGCCCUGAUUGCAAGGGCUCAGGUGCCAGAUCAGCUCGGAGAGGGUGGUUAUGCUGAAGAUGACCUUGAUCGUGCUAGUGGACUUCCUGAUGGUCUUGCUCUAUUUCGAAAGAAUCUAGACGAACCCCUUGUUGAUAUUUGCCGCUUAUUGGGGCCAAAUCAAUUCCUUGCAUUGUUACUUAGUGGAGCUGAGACAUGGUCUCAAUUUGAGACUUCAACACCUUGGCGAUCAGUGGAAGCACGCCUCUUUGCAUUACACAUGGCAUCAGAGGUGGUGUUGUCAGAAGGACAACUUUCGGACAUCAGGCCUGUAAUGCACCUAAUUAUUGUUCUUCAGUCCAGGUCUUCCCAGAUUGAUCCAAACUUGUUGCACUUGGUCCAAAAGUCAGCUGCCGAAGUUGUUGGAUCGUAUUCUGGGUGGUUACAAAGCUUUCCUACUGUUGUCACGCCUCUAUUGGCAUUUUUGGCAAGCGGUUUGACGGUUCCAGUAGCAGUAAGUUCUUGUGCUGCUGCUUUGCGGAAAGUUUGUGAAGAUUUGCCCAGUCUUUCACAUGAAUCAUCCAACAUUGCUGGGCUACUACGUAUUGGCGAGGAGCUGCAUGCUGUGCCAUUGUCUCUUGAGGAAGAGGAAGAUGUAAUGUGUGCGAUUGGCCGAGUAUUGUCUUCCCUGACAAGUGUAGCUGAUUUGAACGCUGCUCUAGAGCGGUUGCUGAAACCCAGCCAUGAUGCAAUCGAAGCAUUGUUGAGUUCAGACAGUGAGGGUUCACUCAGACUUCAUUCAACAGCAUAUUCGGCUGCUUUAGAAGCUGGCAUCAGGGCUGUUCAUAGAAUAGGUCAGUUGACAGCAGCUCUUUCUUUACCAGCCAAUGGUGAUGAGCCAAUUUUGAGAAUUAUAGCACAUUUCUGGCCCUUAUUUGAGCGACUGCUUGCUUCCCGUCACAUGGAAGACUCUAGUUUGGCUUCUGCAACUUGCAAGUCUCUUUCACAGGCUAUUCAAGCAUCAGGUCGGCUAUUUUCUUCUUUGCUUCCUAAUAUCAUGGCAGCCAUGUCCAAUGAUUUUCUAUCAUUCCAAUCGCACGUGUGCUUCUUAAAAACAGCUGGGAUAGCUGUGGAGGAGUUUGGUCAGGAAAAAGAACAUGGGGCUCUUAUUGUGGAGACAUUACUUGUUUUGACGUCCUCUGAAGCUAUGGCUGCAAUGACUACAUCGUAUUCAUGCGAUCAGGAACCCGAGCUUGCCGAGGCUUACUUUGGUUUAUUAUCAACAUUUGUGCGCAGCUGUCCUCAUGAAGUUGUAGCCGCUGCAGAUACUCUCCUGGAAAUUUCAUUCAACCGUGCUUCUAUCUGCUGUACAGCAAUGCAUCGAGGGGCAGCUUUGGCUGCCAUGUCCUAUAUGUCUAACUUCUUGGAAGUUGCAUUGUCAGCAGUCACAUCCCUUAGAGGUGUUUCUUCGGAUGGAUCACUUUUGGCUGCUGUCACUAGAAUGUGUGUACAAUGCGGUGAAAAUGUUGUUUCAGGCAUGAUAUAUGCAUUACUUGGAGUUUCCGCAAUGACGAGGGUUCACAAGGCAACUACCAUACUUCAGCAAAUUUCAGCUUUGUGUUAUUUCAGUGGAAACGUAGACAGCCAGUCUCCUCUAAAUUCGUUAACUUUACAAGGCUGGCUAGUAUCUGCGGUUCAAGCUUUGCCAUCUGAGUACUUAAAACCUGGAGAGGUCGAGACACUGGUGCCUACAUGGCUCAAAGCUAUGGAGGCUGCGGCUGGUGACGUAUACAAGUCCAAAACGUCAUUGAGUAAUGGAGGCCGGGCAAGUGGAGGUGGUUAUCUUCAGGGAGACGGUGGCCGCAUGCUGAAACGUGUGCUUCGGGAUUUCGCAGAUGCACAUCGUUUCACUGCUCCUACAUAUGGGCCCAGCUGACACUAAGAUUCUCGAGUCCACGUCAUCUGUAGCAACGGAAGCAAGCAGGACAAUGUGCACAACUAAUGUCCGGUUUUGUGGGACCAGGAACAACCUUUUUCUGGAUUCUUAAGCCUAUUUCUCACUGCAGCGUCUGCUAUGUUUUCAAUAUUUGGAAUGUUACGACUUUCUGCUACCCGCUUGAUGCAGAUAAUUCCGGCUUUCAUUCUGUGUCUGUUGGUAGUUUUUUGUUCUCAUGGAAUUUUUGUGCACAAUUCUAUGCCAGAACAACAAGCUAUCUAUUUAAAUUGUGAAGCCUCACAUUUGUGUGAGUUUGUGGUGGAGCUGGUGUUUAGAUGCCUUGAAACGGUGCGAAAAGUACCAAUUAGAUUCGGCAUAGCAGAGAAUGCAGCAGCUAGAUCACUCAGGAAAGUAACGUGCUUGUUAGUUCAUGAUGUUUGUAGCAAUCAACUACAUUCAAUGCAGCUGUUCCUUUGGAUUGUCUUAUAUAAAGUGGUACCAAAUCUGCUGCAUCAGUUUUGGCAGCAUGAUUUUUUUGUGUA